GGCACCGACUGCCUCACACACUUCGUGUACAAGAACCGCACCGACUGGUGCCACUACCGCGCCAGCUCGCCUCUCGUUGACCUGCGCUUCUUCUGGAGUCGGCUGGCGGACGAUGCGCUGCUGGACGUGCUGCGGACGAUGCUGACGGAGUGCCGGGCCCGACCGGCCUCCUGUCCCCACGUGCUGGUGCUCAGCCUGGGCACGCACGUGCUCACCACACCCCAGCCGUCGUUCGACGCCUGCCUGCUGGCCGAGGUGGCCGGCAUCGAGCGGGCGGCGGCCGUGCUGCAGCAGCUGGCGGCCGUGGGCGUGCGCGUCUUCUGGAAGCUCAGCGAGCCGGAGAACUACGAGCACAUGAUGGACAUCGCCUCUUCCGUCAACUUCGCCCACCUCAUUUACAACGCGCUCAUCACCGACCGGCUGGAGCAGGUGGCGCCCUCCGUGCGCCUGUGGUCGUCGGUGCUGCCACCUGUCGCCAACUACAUCGUGAGGUGUCGGCUGGACGAGGCGUGGCGCCGGCAACCAAAGGAAUCGCCUCUCUGGAAUUGCCGCGACCACCUCCACUACGGAGAUGUGGUCCAAGACCAGUACAGGAACGUGCUGCAACGCUAUUUAUGCGCGCAAAUGUAACCUUCGGCCAGUAUCAUGGGGGCCAGUAAGUAUGCAGUUGUACGCGGGAGUGU